AUGGCAGAGUACUUCAUGCGCAACAUCAAGCUGACAGAUUUCGAAUUUCUCAAAUACCUCGAAACCGAGCAAGAUGAGCGAAAGCUAUGUUAUGCAAGCGUGAUAAUACUCCAGAAUCUCCAAGGAUAUCCACAGCAAUGUUCAAUCCAAGAGACUUCUGAUCAAUCGGUUCUUACGGGACUUGCCACUCCUUCUUUUGAGACGUUAAUACCAAAAAAGGAUUCUCGAAGAAACGGCAAUGAUUCCAAGCCAGACAUUGGUAUACAUGCCGCCGUCAUGCAUACUAGUGACUUGUGGGCCCUUGCCUGUAAGUAUGCCAUGAAUAAUGCCGGAGAUGACACAAAUCCUCCCUGGCACCCUCAGUCAGACUAUGCAGUGACCACAUAUUGGCAUACCGAACAUGAAAGUUGCAUGCCAUUGAAAUUCCGGCUUCAUGCUAGUCGGUUUCCAGACUACACUCCGACAGAACUAGAGAUGAGUCGUGAUUAUUGGGGUCCUUGGUUAUUCUAUCAGAUAGCUUGGCAUGCAGUUCCGUGUCUGCUGAACCACCCUUUUCUUCUCUCCAUGCGACUGAGGAAUUUUAGGCGAACGAUGCCGCAGUCAUUUCUCCGCAACUCCUUUGAGCAACUGACAUUCCAUUCAGGCUGGAUAAUUCAUUUUCUCGAGCUUUUUGAAAGUAAAGGCUUUGAAGUAUCGGAUCCAACAUUAGGACACUGUGUCGCCAUCGUUGCGACGAUCUAUCUCCAACAUAGUUUUGCAGACGAUCACACUUUCAGCAGAAAGGCACAGACAGGUUUUGAAAAGUGCCUUCGAUUCCUGCGAAUAAUGGGGUGUCGCUGGCCGCAUAUCGACCGACAGGUCCGGCAACUGGAGCAACUUCGUGGCAGCAUUUCGCCUGGGAGUCAGACCACAAAUUCAAGUGCACAAGCAAUAUCCGACCCAAAGUGGUCUGUAGAUUUGCAGUUAAUGUGGAAGAUCCUUGCCUAUUCCAAUGCAAGCAGAGCUCCAGAUCCAACUGGCGAUAUAUUUGGCCCGAUAUUGGCCAAGGAAACCACCCCCAGUGAUUCAGGAACAUCACCAGCUGAUGCUAUAACCGAUCGUGAUUUUACUCUCAUUGGAUCAGCUGGGAUUUCAGGACACAAAACUGUUGCAACAGAAUGUGUUACAUAUCCUCCUGAGCAGGCAGAGCAUCAAGAAACCGGCCCUGGGCCGUCUGCGAUGGACUUUCCGGAAUCACCGAAACCCCAAAAUCUGAACUUUGCCGGUGGAGACACACUUUUGUUGCAACUACAGGAUUAUGAUAAAGCAUUCGAGGAUUGGCUGAGCCUGAAUCCCACAUGA